CUUGCUGUUGCUCCUCCUCCUCCUGCUACUGCUUCUUCGUUGCCAAGCGCCCGGGCAUGCGGGCUGAAGGCGAUUACACCGGGUAAAGGCCUUCGUUGCACGGCUGGGAAACCUUCUCGUGACUCCCCGCCUUUCCUUGCAAGCAAAAAGGUGCCAAAGACCAUACAAGUACCAUCUAACAAUCCUGGCUAAUACACCAUGGAAACUACUCGUGUUCACACGCCACGCAGUUUGCCUCCACCUCCCUCUACCUUAGAAUCAAGCUUUGUUGAAACUUCUGUGAGAGAACGCAUGAGAGAGAAACUGAAAGCAGCACGGUCAAAAACAGAAAAUGCUCUACAGCAGGAAGCCUCAGGCUCUCGUCCGCGAUCCCUGAAAAAACUUGGAGCGAGGAAGGCACAGAUUAGACUGGAUAAUGAGCAGAUUGGUGAAGGUGAAUCAAGUGUUAUGCAAGAGAAUGAAAGCAAAGUAUCUGCAAGAGUGAAGUUUCAUGAUUCUGUCAGAAAAGUCAAACAACGGCUACAGGUUCAGACUGGUUUCCCUUCUUCUGAAGAAGCCUAUAAUUUCUUUACUUGUGAUUUUGGUCCUGACCCAGAGGAUGGAGGAGACAAAACAGAUAACAAGAAAAAGGCUGCAUUGACUAUGGGUGAAAAAGAGGGGGAAAUUCAGGGAUCUGCACUCA